CUACUGAGUGAGGUCAAUUCACACCGAUGCAUAGUCAACUAUUAAUAUUUCUGGUAUGUUCUGCGGAUCCGUCUUGUACAUGUAUUUGACAAGGAUAAUCGUUAGUGUGUCAUUCUUUUAAAUUGGAACGGGAACUAUCAUUAAAGAAGCCAACUCCUGCACGGUAAUAAUUGUCUGCCAAUACAGUGUGUGCUAAUUUGAUCUGCCUCCAGAUUCGAACUUACUUCCAUAUAAAGGUUGUAAAUAGCAUUGACAACCCCAAUCUUUAGUUGAGAACUGUUCAGAUCUCGAAUGAUAAGCCGUCUUGAAACAUCUACAUAAUACCACUUACCUCAUUCCCACCCCUUUCUUAUCCUAACUACUUUUGAUCUGUGACGCCUUCAUCGAAAUGGCGUCUUCGGAAAUCGAGAAAGAGACAGAAAUUUCGUAUUUGCGGCAAGAGAUCUUAACCUACACCCCUGGGAAUGCAUCCCCGGGUGAGGAUGAGAGGGUGGCCUGUCUCUAUCCGAAGAAACUUAUCAUCUACAUGAUUGACGUCAUCACUGGUGGUGUCUCAGAUACUGUCCUGGCAAACCUAAGAUCUGCACUUCUUGUUGAUGGGAAUGUAGGUGAAAGCCUCAAGGAACCAUUUAAUGAAGAAGAUCGUGAGAUACGUCUUACUGACUUUAUAUCAGUCAUUAUGCAUCAUCAUGUUUCAGGAGAAGCUGUUGAUCAACUACGAGUGAAAGCGCUUUCUGAGGUAGUUGGAUGCUUCCUGGUCGUAAUUGGAGAAUCGGGUGUGGCACUUUCUCAGUUUCUAAUGUCUGAUUGGAUAUCACCAAUAUCUGACAUUACAGGCCGGCCUCCUAUUAUCUUAAUGAUAUGUGACCUGGGAAAACAGCAUGCCGACUGGACAAGAAGUCAGCUUAGAGAUAUUGGGAUCAUCGAUAUCUACGAAAUGCCAUAUCCUGGAAACCUGACUCUUGAGGAAGAUUUGGAACUCCUCAGAAUGCUUCAAAGGUGCUUGGUUGAAAGUGACGAAGGGGUAAAGAUAAGGUUUGCCAAGACCAUGGAGGAAAUGUGCAGAGAUCCGGCAUUUCGAAGGAUCUAUGAGCAAGCAUUGGAAGGUAGCAAGAGGGCCAAACAGUUGGAGAAACUCAUAGAGGAAGAACGAGAGAGAAGAUAUGGAGGAUCUGAAGCAAAGACAUGGAGAGGAGAUACGAACCAGGAAGAAAGAGAAGCAGAUAGGUCACGUCACCAGGAAGACAAACUCGCCAUGGAAACAGAAUGGAAGGUCGAAAGAGAAGCACUAGAAAAGCGCAUACAUGCUUUGACUGACGCAGUCAAAAUGGCAGAACAGACGGAGGAGAAGCUCAGACAAGAAGUUGUGGAGGUAAAGAACGAUAGUGACGAACUGAGGAUAAAACAUGAUGACGAGAAGCGCGCUUUGGAAGCAAAGUUGAAUUACGAAGAAGAAUCUAAUGAAGAAGCGAUUAAACAGGCGAUCAAAGACAAAGAGUUUACUGAAGAGGCAAUGCGACAGAAACUUAACGCACUCUUGACCGAGCGGGAGGAAGAAAAGGCGGCCCAUCUCAAGGAGAAACGUUUAUUGAAACGACGGGUGAAGAAAGAAGAAACACGCAUAGAACAAUUGGAGCGGGAAACCCAGAAACUGAGGAAUAAGAUUCAAAUUGAAAGUGAGAUGCGAUCCAUGGAACAGCAAAGAGCGUCAGAGAGAUCUGGCUUUUCAAGUUUCGCCAUCCGGUUGAUUUCAGGAUCACAAAUGGAUCUUACUAAAGGUAUUCAUGUUGUCGAUGAUAAGCAAGGUAAUGUGCAUCUAACAGCAGAUUCGACACUCUCGUUAGGGUCGAAGUCACCACCAGCUCGUGACGAGUUUACGGACAUCCUAAAGCAGAUAGCAGACGAUCUUUUCGAUGAAGCUCAGAUUGACAGCCUUGGCGGCCAGCUUGGGAUCAUCCAGGGAGACAUUGAGAGAGCCAUCAAGACCAACAUGAGGUUUCACAAGAUUACCAGUGAUGGGACGUAUGAGAUGCUGAAGGAAUGGAGAAAGGGCGUGUCUAGGGAAGGUGAAAGGAUUGAACUCAGGAGGGCGCUGUUGGCUGCCAAGCUAGUCGACCUUGCUGAUCGAUAUCUACCACAAGAGGUGGAAGAAGCCUUGGAAACCCCUGACCUUACAAACAAGACUGAGGAGAAAGACACCAACAUAGAAUGUGAGGAGGAUAGAGAGGUUCCAAAAGAGGGCAUCAGCAAAGAUGAGGGAAGGGCUAACCAGUCUUACGAUCAAAACGAAAUCGAACAAUUAGCGACGGUUGAAUCCAACCAAAACGAAGACGCAGACUCUGACGUAUCUGACGAUGUCGCUAAACAGGAAGAGCUAGAGCGAAGGGCACUGAUGUUUAUCCAAGAAGAUGGCAAUACCAAUGGUUUGGAAAUGGGGAAAGCUGGAGUAAAUUUCAACAUUGGUGACAUCGAAGGAACUGACAACCCACCGUCUGAUGCAGCGAUCGUUACUGAGAAUGAGUUACAGCUGGUAGUAGAUAAGAGUGGAGAUGGUGCAAAUGACGUCAUAAUACAAGAUAUAGAGUUAAAACAUGGGAGCAGAAGAGAAACUGGGCAGAUUGGAGAACAGUUGGAUGUAGGAGUGAAGAGUAAACCAUUUGUUAGAUGGAGUCUGAACCAAACAGUACAAGAGGCCAGAGAGGUCAAUGAAAGCAACAUAUUAGACGAUAGUUCAGAUCAGGUCAAAUUCUCUUGUUAUUGCUGUUACAUCUAA